AAAAAACCCCCUGGAUUCCAAUUUCAUCUUCUCCCCUUAAACCCUAAGCCGUCCUCCGCCGGCCGCCAUGCGGCGCCACCACCACCUCCUCGUCCUCCUCCGCCGCUCUGCCUUCCCCUCCCCCUCCGCCGCCCCCCACCAAGCGGACCCCGUCCUCCAUCUCCACCCUCUCCCGCCGCGAAAUGGCGCCGCCGGGCCCCUCUCCUCCCUGCGCUUCUUCUCCUCCCGCGCGCGCUCCGCGUCCGGCGCCGCGAAGAGCCUGGUCGAGGACGAGGCUGACCUCAGCGAUUGGAUCAGUGACCUCAAGACCGACAACUUCCACCUUGGCCUCAGCAGCGGCGACGAAGGCGAGGCGCCGUCCACCCGCAGGCCCGCCGUUGCCUCCAGGGGAGGCCGAGGUGGGCGGGACUCAAGGGGGUCGUUCGCGAGGUCGAGGUUUGGCGGUGGUGAGCAUGGCUGCGAUAGGCGUGGCCUCGAGCGGAGAGGGAGGGUGAUGAGUAGUGACCUGGAUGAUGAUGAGAAUGAUUCUGGGUUUGGUUCCGCAAGGGCAAGGCGCGGGCGGGGUGGGAGGCCGUCGGACUUUUCGCUCAGAGGAGGGAGGGGAAAUGAUUUUGAUGACAAGGCCGGGUUUAGGUCUCCCAGGGGGCAGCGAGGCCGGGGCGGGAGGGCUUCGGGUGCCUCGCAGAGAGGAGGGAGGUACAGUGAUUUGGGUGAUGGUGACAGUGGGUUUGGGUCUUCGAGGGGACGGCGGGGUCGGGGUGGAGGGAUGUCUGCUUUGGCACAGAGAAGAGGGAGGGCAAGUGAUUUUGAUGAUGACGAGGACGAUGAUGACGAUGUGGUUGGAUUUGGGUCUUCGAGGGGAAGGCAAGGUCAUGGUGGAAGGAUGUCUGGUUUGUCGCAGAGAAGAGGGAGGGGAAGUGAUUUAGAUGACGGGGACGAUGAUGACAAUGCGGUUGGGUUCAGGGAUAUUGGCACAAGGCAUCAUCGUGGCAGGAGAGGGGGAAAAACGGAGAGUCUUGGACCGCAUAGAAGUGGGAAGGGGAGCGAUGUGGAUUUUGGUUACCGGCAGCCGAGGAGUGCGAAGAUUGACUUUGGCUUAUCAGAGGAUGAUGAUGAAGUGGGGGAAGUUGAUGAGGAUGAUGAGCCAUCAGGGUUCGAGGAUGAUCUCUCUGGCGAUGAUGGUGGUAAGGAGGAUGUGGGGAAGAUUGCAGGAAAUAAACCUGUCUCUUUUGAGUCAGCUGAAAGAGAGCCAGCUAAACAGGAGAGUGUAGUGCGUACAAGAGAUACUGGAGGUGAUGAUUCUUAUUUGAGCCAGAAGAGGUUUGACGAAUGCCCCCUAUCUCCCUUGACACUAAAAGGUGUGAAGGCUGCUGGGUAUGAACGGAUGACUGCAGUCCAGGAGGCUACUCUUCCUAUUAUACUUCAAGGAAAGGAUGUACUUGCCAAAGCAAAGACAGGGACUGGAAAAACUGUAGCUUUCUUGCUACCGGCCAUUGAAGUUGUCUCAAAAUUACUACCUGUUGAUCGUGAUCAAAAGAGGCCUCCCAUCAGUGUUGUUGUUGUGUGCCCUACACGUGAGCUUGCUGAUCAGGCUGCUGCAGAAGCUAAUAAGCUUCUUAAAUUCCAUCCAUCGAUUGGAGUCCAGCUUGUAAUAGGUGGCACUAGAAUGGCUCUUGAGCAGAAGCGCAUGCAUACUAACCCUUGCCAGAUUCUAGUAGCUACUCCAGGAAGGCUUAGGGAUCACAUGGAGAACACUCCAGGUUUCGCUACAAGGUUGAUGGGUGUCAAAGUUCUAAUUCUUGAUGAAGCUGAUCGCUUGUUAGAUAUGGGAUUCCGAACUGAUAUUGAGAAAAUAGUGUCUGCACUCCCAAAACAGCGUCAAACACUCCUAUUUUCCGCUACAGUUCCAGAUGAGGUUCGCCAAGUAUGUUACAUUGCCAUGAAAAGAGAUCUUGAAUAUGUUAACACUGUUCAAGAAGGAAGUGAGGAAACACACUCUCAGGUGAAGCAAAUGCAUUUAGUUGCACCACUUGACAAACAGUUCUCUAUCCUAUAUGGUCUUCUAACUGAUCAUAUUUCGGAAAAUGUUGACUAUAAGGUGAUCGUGUUUUGUACAACAGCAAAAGUAACAAGCCUUGUUGCUGAGCUUCUGUCUGAAUUGAAGUUGAAUGUACGUGAGAUCCACUCCAGAAAACCUCAAAGCUACAGAACCAGGAUAUCAAAAGAAUUUAAGGAGUCAAAGGGUCUCAUUCUUGUUAGCUCUGAUGUAUCUGCUCGGGGCGUUGAUUAUCCCAAUGUCACACUAGUUGUGCAGUUAGGGGUGCCAACUGACAGAGAGCAAUAUAUUCAUCGACUUGGUAGAACCGGUCGCAAGGGCAAUGAGGGGGCUGGAGUCUUAUUAUUGGCGCCAUGGGAAGAAUACUUCUUGAGAAGCAUCAAGGACUUGCCUAUUACAGAGGCAACACAACCAUUAAUUGAUCUGGAUACUAAAAGAAAGGUUGAAAAGGCUCUUGCACAUGUGGAGGUUAAGGAUAAGGAAUCUGCUUAUCAGGCAUGGCUCGGUUACUAUAAUUCAAAUAAAUGCAUUGGACGUGACAAAUACCAGCUUGUAUCACUUGCCAAUGAGUUCAGUAGAAGUAUGGGCCUCAAUAACCCUCCUGCAGUGCCUCAGCUAGUCCUUAGAAAGAUGGGACUGAACAACAUUCCAGGUCUGCGAUCAAAGUAGUCUAUUACCAUGAAAGUAAGUCUUCGUGAAGCCACGUUUGGAUGACAUCGCCGAUGAUACGCAACUCCAUAUCGGUACGAAUUUUGGAGUUAGCUUAAUAAACAAGCUUUACUAAAAAAACUCGAUUAGGAGGAGCGACGUCCACUCUAGCAUUAAUAUAUAGAAGGUGAGAAUCGAACUUUGGUUGGCUCGGUAACAACCAUCUUCACUGGCCAAUGUAUCUUUAGGGAGAUUCUCAACAAGCUUAGCUUCACUAUACGGUUCAGGCUUUGCAGAAGUGCGAACGUUCAUAUUAUCGUUAUCAUUAUUUUGUUAUGUAACAUGAGUUUACCCAAGUGCUAUGCAGUGUAGCAUAUCCUGGAUAAACGGAUGACCAAGUUUGUGCGGCAUCAGUUUGUGGUUCAUCGCUUCAUGGGAAUUGAACUGCUGUGUGGUUUGCUGUGUCC